AUGCCGCAUAACGUUGGUCGUUCUCGCAAAAACGAUAAGGCCGAUGAGCAGGACCUCGAAACAAGCAGUGGUAACUAUACGAUCACAAAAUCAUUGUAUCGAUCCUGUAAACACGACACAUUUUCUAGAGCAGCAACACUAUCUUAUGAUGAAGCAGAAGACCAAAUGGAAGUAGCACCAGACAUAAGCAACAAUCCUGCAUUGUACACUCCUCUGUGGGCCAGUUUCCGAGGCCCAAAGGAAGAACGUGCAACAACUGCACAACGUACAUCAUGGUCUUUGCCAAUUCAUGUUUCUGCUUUUCUGAAAAUGCGACCAGCCGAUCAUUGGCGGGACCGCUCUUUCCUUGUUACGUUGGAAGGCCGUCGUUGGCACUGUCAGUACAAAGUCAUGAAUUCUCAGCUAGGGAGCCAAGAAGAGGCAAACGCAUUUGAAGUACGUGAGAGAUUAGUGGAAAAUAUGAGAAGCGUUAUGGAAAGACGAUGUCCGGAUGCUUUUCUCGAGCAGUAUCCACGCCAACACCAUCGGCUCAAUUUUCAGCGUGAGGUUUUCGCUGAAGGAGUUCGUCUCCGUUAUAUGUAUCCAGAACUGACACGUGGAUGUGAAUGUCCGCGGCAGAAAUGUGUGGUGGGGGAGUGUCCUUGCCUCGUGUACAAGAAGAUGGUGACGUCUGAUGACCAAACGUUGUAUGACAACACCUAUGUAUUCGACAUAAAUGAACAAGUGGAGGGCGAACCACAAAAAUACGCCAUCGAUGGUACAUGGAGCGGCAACAUAUCGCGAUUUUUCAAUCAUACAUGUGUUAAUCCGACUUUGGAAGCGAAAGUACUGUUCACACGUGGGAAUAUGGUAACUCAUGAUCUGGCCUUUUUCACGACUAGAGACAUUGAAAUCGGUGAAGAGUUGGUAUUUUGCUAUUCAAAGGAAGUCAUGCAGCAACGAACAUUUGGGAUCCCUUUGCUGAAAAUAAGUAUAUUGGGCAAGCAGGGUCGUGUUUCAUUUGGGAUCCAUUUUGCGGUCUAUGAAGUUGCCUAUACCGAGUACUCUAUGGCAUAG